ACCAUUUGAACUUCGGCCAAAAACGCUUAUAAAUCUCCCAAUCAUGGCCAACGCCAUGGCUGUGUAAGUGUUGAUAAAUCACUUUCAAGAUAUCAUUUUUCUGAAACCCAGAAAAACGCAAAAGGAAUAAAAAAAGGCUGAAUCAAACGCUUUGCACAAUUUACAAAAAAGUCUCUGUAAAAAUUCUUAUAGACAACUUUUGUUCUAUAUUUUUCAUUUUUAUUCGGUCUUCUACUCUUCUUUCGAAUGAAGAAAAAAAUGUUGAAACAUCGAAAUAAAGAAGAUUCUUGAAAAAAUUCUUAUUUUCGUUUCUAGUUUCUAGUUAUAAUCCAUUGAUCUAAUUUCCUUUCUUUCAGAGUAGAAACAUAAUAUCUUUUUAUAACAGUUAUGGUUUAGUUCUAAUACUAGAAUAUUCCUUAUAUAAAUUUAAAAUUCACUUUCCAUUCAUUCCAGUGCAUCUUGCAUUAAACCCAGUUCCCUUUCGGUCUGAAUAUUCCACAAAUUCGACUUGCUUAUAUUGAAUUUUGUUCGAUUGAUUGAAUGAAUAGUUGAGAAUGGGUGGAAGAGUGGAGGUGAUAAACAAGAAGGGAUGUUCAGAACGUUUUCUUGAAUUCUCUUCUUCAUUCCGAGGGUUUCAAUCCUAUUCCUUUAAGCCCACUUCCCCUAAUUCAUCUGCCUCUGCACUUCCCGAAUCUCCGGUGAAAACAGUUGAUUUCCCAUUUUCUAGCCUUGUUAUUUGCGUCACAGGGCUCUCCAAAGAAGCUAGGAAACAAGUGAAGGAAGCAACAGAAAGAUUGGGAGGUCAAUAUAGCCCUCACCUACAUCCUCAUUGCACCCAUUUGGUGGUUCAGAGUUUUCAUGGACACAAAUUCAAGCAUGCUUUGAGACAUGGACCAACAAAUGGUCUGUUAUUGGUUACGAUUGGCUGGUUUGUGGAUAGCGUCAGAAGGAAAGUAAGGUUGAGUGAAUCCCUUUAUAGCAUUAGUGUUGGAAAAGUGAAUGGCUUGAACCGGAAUGUUCAGAAUGCUAGUAUUGAGAAUUCUUGUCUUCCCACUGCAACGCUUGAGUAUGCUAAGCAACUUGACAUGACUGGAGGAUCGCAAUCACACUUUUCGGAAGGAGAGCCUAAAAUGAUAGUUUCUUUGCCCAUAGCUGGCCAAUCCUUUUAUGUUGACCCAGACAUAUCUGCCGAGCUACACAAUAAGGUUGCUGAGGCCGUCUCUACACAAGGUGCUACUUUGGUGGAUCAAUGGUUUGUUGGCUGCUGUGCUAGUUAUGUAGUAUGCGAAGGAUGUUCAAUUCAAAAAUAUCUGGGGCACUCCAGUAACAUUGUUACACCACUAUGGGUUCUGAAGACUGCAAAAGAAAAACAUCAACAGAGACUUGUUCACUUAUCUGCUGAUUUGGCUAGGAAUGUUGGAACAAUACUUGAUACUGUUCAAAACAGCAUUCCUGGUGAGGAAGUUAAGGGGUUCACUGGUCCUCAAGGUGCACCUGGUUCUGUAAUUAAAGUAAGACAUGAAGACAGAAAAAAUAUUGCACACUUCGCUAAAGAAGGGGUCAGAAAGCGACGGGCUAACCGGAUGCAGACAUGUCAAAUUCCAAUACGUCCCAUAACGCCAAGCAGCCUUUUGGAUUCUAUCUGCUGGUCAAUAUCUGAGCCAACUUCGACUGCUUCUAUCUAUACAGACUCUUCAAGUUUUGAGAAUGCCGAUGAAGAGCACACGACCAUGUUGUUUGAUGCUAAGGCGAAUGGUAAAGAAUCGGAGGCUUCAUUUGUCAACUUAUCCCGACCACUUACUGAAAGUGAGAAGUCAGAGUUAAUAUUCAAAAGUCACUUCCUCACUUUGCUGUUUCCAAUUGAUCGUUUUUCAGAGAUGGGCCCGAGAUCAAGGACAUUCUUUAGUGACAAAGGCUUUACAUGUUUGCAGGUGUUGGAUCAUAUCUAUACAUUUUACCAGGAGAAUAUGUUGACCGAGGAAAUAGAAGUAGCUAUUCACACGGACUCGAGGCAUGCUGACCGGCUUCGAGCGGUAUACUCCAGUAAACAAAACACCCUGGAAUUCAAGCGGAUUAAUUUUCUAGGAAGUCGUAAAAGUUUUGAAAUGUUGAAACGCGUUUCAGGUGAUAACAAUAGUAAUGUUUACGAGUUAUUGAUAAGAGCAUGAGAUCUUUGUGUAAAGUUGAAACCAGUUGUGACCUUUGAGAUCAUGUCCUUCCUUUACUGAUGACCCUUUUUCGACUCGAAGGCCAUGAAUUCAGCUUUCUUUUGGAUUAAUAAGGUGUUGUGGAAGAUGUAAAUAUUCGCUCUUCAAUCGUGUUGUAAGUGAUUAUAUUACUAAUUUAGGAGCCUUUACGAUUGUAAAAAUAUCAGAGGAUGCCUUUGUAACAUUCAAUUGAUUCAGGAAGUAUUAGAGAGUUACAUGGACUUUAAUU